GUUGCAAUAUUGGCACUUAGGUUUCCAGCAAAGAUGAAUCUUCUAAUUUUAUUGAUUUUUGCGGGUCUUCGAGCGGCCAUCGCCACCGAUAUAACCUUCCGAAAUCACUCUUGCGUCCCAACCGGAUUCUCUAAGGUGUGCUUCCUGGACAGAAUAAGCUACAACUCUCAUGAUCAACGCGUGAUCCACCGCUUCCCUGCUAACCUCACGCAUGUACGACUGGGGGGUGAAGUCGUAAUGUUUCGUGAUUUCAAAAUUCAACACUUUGAUACCAAGCUGUACGGCAUGAUGGGCAAACCUCGCACCCUGGAGGUGAUCAACCUAUGGGUAAGGACUAUCCAACUGCCGAGAACAGUUCAGCAUGCAGACUUCCGGAGAAAUAUAUUAGAUCAGUUCGAGGUGGAACCCGGUGAAGACGCUCCCUUGUUAACAUACUUGCACCUAGGCAAUAACUGGCUAAGCAACAUUGCAAAUCUCAGUGUUUUAGUAAAUCUUGAAGUGCUACUGCUGCAAAACAACCACAUCGAACACAUUGAUCACUCAACCAUGCAGAACCUAACCAAGCUGAGGCACCUAGAUCUGACCCACAACUUCCUCACUCAGUUCUCCACGCAAGUUUUCCCAAAAAGCCUAACCUAUCUAAGUCUGAACUCCAACGAAAUCAAACUCCUCAACUACGACGGCCUAUACUUCCCCCCGCUAUUAACCCUCAACCUGGAACGCAACGACCUCCCCUCGAUCGAUGCAUCCGCAUUGAUCCUGGCGAUGCCCAAGUUAAAAAUGGUCCGCUUCGGAGGGAACCCAAUCGAUCCGAACGAGUUCCGCCUAGCAGUUCAGCAGUUCCGGAAGCAUAACGUGAGCGUCAACGGUGAGGCGGAUGAGGUGGCUUGUUUGUACAAGGAGGAAGUUGUCGAAGGAGUUUGCGUGCGGUUGGCCCCGCCACGGAACGUUAUUCGUGAGAUUUUGCUCAGCUUGGUGGUGGUCUUGGUGGUGAUCGCGAUGGUGGUGACGGUUUGGUGGGUUUUCGUGACGAUUAAUAAAAAGUGCUAGAAUAUUUAA